AUGAAGAGUGAACUGAGGGACCAAAUCUGUCUUGAACAGCAUGUUCUUGAUGCUACAAGAGAAACCCGAUCUCAAGGGUUCUUACUACAAAAAACAAUCACCAAAAGGCACUUGUUGGAUGAACCUUGUGAGCAAACCUAUAAUGAGGAUAAACGUUCAAGGGAAAAGACAAAAUUGAGAAUCGAAGUUUCAAAUGAAACCCAAGGAAUAAUGGCAAAUUAUGAGAACAAUACAUUUUUAGUACCUGAUCAUGGGAAGGAUAAUUUGAGCAACAUAGUUGAUCAGAAUGAAGACGAUGGAGAGGAUUCAGGUUAUAAUAAUGAUAUCGAAAGUAAAUCUGGCGAAAAAACUCAUGGAUUCGCUUUUUUUAAUGGUAUAAUUGAUAUGUCUAAUGUUAAAGAACAAAUAAAUCAAAAAUUAAAGGAAGAGCAACUCAAUUGGUUAA